AUGACUGCUUUCCUGGCCAAAUUUCUAACCAACCUUUUAAACAUUCCCCAGGGCCACAAGCACCCAAACGCCUGCAUCAGCUCCCCCGAACCGCUGGAGACAUCCAAGCUCGGAAACCUCCAGUCUCCCGCUAGCCAGAAAAAUGACAAUACCCCAAAUAAGGUCAGGUUCCUCUCAGCCCCCCUUGUUAAAAAUGGUAUCUCACAAUCCCAGAAGCAGAAGUUAGAGCAUUUGAACCAUGCCGUUCCUUUGAUAGGAAAUUCUAAAAUGGAAAGACUGCUAGCGAAACUGUCGCCAAAGGCUCAGGUUUCAGAUACCAAGCAGGCCACCAACCACGAGAUUCUCUCGAAACUAUCAGAACAGCAAUUAGCCCUAGACCAGCAGAAAAGCCUCCUGUCCAAAAAUGUAGUCGACAGCAUGGGAAUCCCUGAGGAGCUUGCCGAACCUACUGGUUUUUCGCUGCAUACGAGUGUCAACAUGGGUAAUAGUGCACAAGAUGCAGUGAGUCAGGAUAGUUCUGACUCCGAAGCUUCUGAGUUACUUCGUCUGAAGCACGAGCUUCAAGCUGCAAACUCAAGAAUCGCCCUGCAGGAACAAGAAUUAGCGCAAACCCGUGUGAUCAACCAUACUCUGGACCAGGCUCUUGGGCCUCCAUCUGAAGUCGACUUUAGUGGGCGUGAAAUAAGCGAGAAAACGUUCAGUAACCUGCAGAGCGCAUUCAACGCAUCCAUACCGACCCCUCAUUUACUCCAGGAUGGCUGGAAUACGCAGGAAGAUUCGCAGUCAGAUAUAUCUGAUGCACUUUCCGCCGGCGCGUACAAUAGGGCUAAAAGGUUUUGGCCACAUUCUACACAGUCAGCUUACGGAGUUGGACACAACUCGGAAAGGGCCUAUGGUGAUAACAAUCUUCCCCUGUCCGGCACUUCAUUUGGACAGGAUUCGAGCCGAUUUUGGAGACAAUCAGCAACAACCCCUGCUGUUCCGGGGAACGGUUCUUUUCACCCGCAUCGUGUGCUCUCUGGCCCUUCUGUUACCCCUUGUAGCUUUGAUGGACCUUUCCCGGAGGAUCAAGGUAGGUAUUUUCAAGGCUCGGAGUUUGGACCUCGCCAUCCAACUGCUCAGUCGAACCGCAUCGGACCAUGUUUUUCUGGGGGAAACUCUCCCUGGAGUGCAUUUGCUCCUUGCCCAGGCGACAGCCAGGGCCCUCGAUCACCCCCGAGUAAACCAAGCAGCACCUAUCAGCAAAUCGGGCUGUAUCCACUGCCACCUUAUCAUCAAAGGCCCGUCGCACCUCCGCUUUCACCAACGGCGACGGAGUUUUCAACUCCCAGUGGUAAUUCAGUGCCAUGGGCUGCCUCGCCCGUCGGUGGGGGCUCCGUCCAGACGUACAUUUCGCCACUUGAACCACUCAACUAUCGGCGCCUACUUGAUAAGAACGUCUCCUGUGAUUGGAAGUAUAUAGUGGACAAGAUCGUUUGCAACAAUGACCAGCAGGCCUCUAUAUUUUUGCAGCAAAAGCUCAAAAUUGGGACAACAGAGCAGAAAUAUGAUAUAAUUGAAGCCAUCAUACAACAAGCGUACUCACUCAUGGUAAAUCGGUUUGGAAACUUUCUUGUCCAACGUUGCUUCGAACACGGAACCCCUAAGCAGAUUAUUGCCAUUGCGAAUGCUAUCAAGGGCAACACUUUGAGCCUCAGCAUGGAUCCUUUUGGUUGCCAUGUGGUCCAAAAGGCAUUCGACUGUGUGCCGGAAGAGCACAAAGCUGUUAUGGUCCACGAACUCCUGCGCAGGAUUCCCGAAACUGUAAUCCAUCGGUAUGCAUGCCAUGUUUGGCAGAAACUUUUUGAAUUACGAUGGAGCGGCGAACCUCCACAAAUCAUGGCAAAGGUGAACGAAGCGUUGCAUGGAAUGUGGCACGAAGUUGCGCUGGGCGAGACUGGAAGUCUCGUGGUUCAGAAUAUCUUUGAAAACUGCGUUGAAGACGAGAAGCGCCCGGCCAUUGAAGAGGUUCUAGUCAAGAUCGAUGUGCUUGCUCAUGGUCAAUUCGGAAACUGGUGCAUUCAACACAUCUGUGAACAUGGCGCUCCGCAUGAUAAGAGCCGCGCCAUUGAGCACAUAAUACUUUGGGCUGUGGAUUACAGCAUGGAUCAAUUUGCGUCAAAGAUCGUUGAGAAAUGCUUGAAGAUUGGUGGGGCAGAAUUCUUAGAUCGCUACCUGUCGCGAGUGUGUACUGGCCGGACAGAUCGGCCAAGAAUGCCGUUAAUUGACAUUGCCGGAGACCAAUACGGCAACUAUCUCAUCCAGUGGGUUCUUAUGAAUGCUGCUUCCCACCAGCGGGAGCUUGUCGCAACCCAUAUCCGAAAACACAUGGUUUCUCUCCGUGGAUCCAAGUUUGGUUCGCGUGUGGCAAUGCUUUGCUGCAAUCUGUCUCAUACCACUCGCCCAGGGCCCGGAACGGGCGUUCAGAUGGGUCGGUUCAACAAUUUCAACGACGAUCGAUUCCAGGCACCGACCCAACACGUAGGGCGCCUUAGCCGUGGGAGUCAGUGGAACCCCAGCUACCCCCCUUUUCGUUAG